GGCAACGAGGCCUUCACAGGUUUUUUUGCUCUUUUGAGAGGGGGGAAAACGGGUGGUCUUGCGGUUGUGUCUGCACUGACUUGGCAUUCGCUGGCGUUGGUCCUUGACCUGAUCCGAUCCAGCCCAGUGACAGACUUCGUCAACAAAGCAUUCAGUGCAUGCAACAACCCGAGAGAAUCCUUUUGAUUGCUAACCCGUGAGAGCAUUUUUCCUGCUUAAAGAUGACCAGUCGGUUGUACGACAGCAUAGAACCCAACGUCAUUGAUGAAGAGAUGCUCCAAAAAGCAGUGGAGGAGCAAGGACCUAAGGAAGAAGCAGGCCAGCUGGCCAAAAGGGAAGGGAUAAAUUUCAAAGACGUCAAGGAACUGCAGCUCGAUUUUAGAAAUAUCUUGAAGAUCGACAAUCUCUGGCAGUUUGUCAAUCUAACAAAACUGCAGCUUGACAACAACAUCAUAGAGAAGAUCGAGGCACUGGACAGUCUGGUUCAUCUGGUCUGGCUGGAUUUGUCCUUCAACAACAUUGAAGUCAUUGAAGGUCUUGGCGCUCUGGUGAACUUGGAGGAUCUCAGUUUGUUCAAUAACAGGAUCACCAAGAUUGAAAAUCUGGACAUGCUACAAAAACUUCAGAUAUUCUCGAUCGGGAAUAACAACAUAGGAACUCUAGAAAACCUGGUGUACCUGAGAAAGUUCAAACACUUACGCACCUUGAACCUUGCUGGAAACCCAGUGUGCGAAAAUGAGAUGUACACCAUGUACAUUGCAGCAUAUCUCCCAGACCUUGUGUAUCUGGAUUAUAGGAUGCUGGAAGACAGCACGAGGGAGGUUGCCUUCAUAAAAUACCAAUAUGCCAUUGAAGAGAUGAAGCAUGGAGAAACGGUGGCCUUGGCCAAACAGGAAGCUGAGGCGGCCAAGCAGAAGGAGCUGGAGUAUCACAAGGCAGCUUACGUAGAAUAUCUCAAUGGCUCCUACCUGUUCGACAGCAUGUACACAGAAGACCCCGAGGCUUCCAAACUGAAGUACCUCCCUGGAGUACCAGAAAUGCUGGACACUUACAAGAGUAAAUUUGUUGCCAUUUGCGAGAAUCUGUUUGAGUAUGGACUGAAGCAGUACGAGAAACGCGAGGCCGAGGUGGUGCUUUUCUAUGAGUGCCUCAAUGAAGCCCUAGAAGACAACCGUGAGCAGGGCAGCAAAAUCAUGGCUGACUUUGAAGAGAAGCACCUCAGGGCCCUGGAGGCAAUUCAGACCAUCAGUGAGACUGAACUUGUGGAGUCCAAACUUGGAGAGUACAAUGAUGACAUCACAAAACUCUCUGAAACGCUGAUGACUCUGGAGAUGCAGCUGGUUGACCAGUUAGAGGAAGUCAUAAAAGAUUUUGAACGGAACAUUUCUGACCUCGUCUCCAUUUUCAUAGAAAAUGAACAAGGGCUAAUGGCUCAGUGCCGAGAUCUUGAGAACCACCACCAUGAGAAACUUCUUGAAAUUUCCAUCAACACACUGGAGAAAAUCGUAAAAAGCGAGUUUGAUGAAGAGAUACCAGAUGAUGUUCGGAUGCUCUUUGUGGACAAGGACACCAUUGUCAAUGCUGUUAACGCCUCACACGAUAUCCACCUUUUGAAGAUCGACAACCGGGAAGAUGAGAUCAUCACCAAAGCCAACAGCUGGGCUUCCACACUGAUACAGAAGGUUCACAAAAAUGAAAUAACCAGAAAUCGUGACCGUGUGAAGGAGAUCAACCAAUUCAUCGACUACCUCCACAACGAGCUGGAAACCAUGGAUGUUCUGGAACAGUAGCUGAUUUCGAUGAUGCAGCAACUGCUGCUUUCCUAUUUUCAUACACACAUUCAUUGAAAAGUGAACCCACCUGGAGGUCUCACUUCACUGAAAAGAGCCCCUGCCCCCCAAAUACUUCCCUCUCAAAGAAGUAUUCGUCAGAUGAAGGGGCAGGGGAAAUCAGCCCCUGAAGUGUUUAAUGUCAACAUGAGUACAAUUUAAAAAGCACAGCCUCCACAGAAAUUUAAGAGAGGAACUCCAGCUAUUGGAUGAAGCGGGUACUGUCAUUACAAAUCAAU